AAAUAGACAAUUAAAAUUAAAGUGCACGGUUUCCAUUUCCAUCUUCUUCCCUGCGUUUACACUCACGGUAACCUCACUGCUCUGCUCAGUAGCAGCAACAAUGGGAAGCAUACACAGCAGCAAGACAAGACCUUUCGCUUCACACCACACCGUAACCCCAUGCACUCGCACCCACCAGAUCGGCGCUCUAGCUCUCGUCAUCAUCACUUUCUUCCUCACCAGAAUCUUCGACCACUCUCUCAAUACCUGUUCCUUCUCAAUACCAACUUCUGGACAAUACAGAUCCAAGAACGACGUCGUACGAUUCUCCGAUUCCGGUGGGUCCAUCUUUUGGCCACAGCGCGGCUAUGGGACCCAUCUUUCCCUGAAGAUUUAUGUGUAUGAUGAGAACGAGAUUGAUGGGUUGAAACACUUGUUGUUUGGCCGUGAUGGGAAGAUUUCUCCUGAUUCUUGCCUUAAAGGCCAAUGGGGUACUCAGGUUAAGAUACAUCGGAUGCUUUUGCAGUCAAGGUUCCGGACCAGGAAGAAAGAAGAGGCCGACCUUUUCUUUGUGCCUGCAUAUCCUAAAUGUGUUCGAGUGAUGGGCGGGCUAAAUGACAAAGAGAUUAAUCAGACCUAUGUGAAGGUGCUAAGUCAGAUGCCAUAUUUCAGGUUAUCCGGCGGCCGCAACCACAUAUUUGUCUUCCCAAGUGGUGCUGGAGCUCAUUUAUUUAAAUCGUGGGCGACAUACUUGAAUCGGUCUAUAAUUCUUACCCCUGAGGGGGAUCGCACAGAUAAAAGAGACACUAGUGCUUUUAAUACAUGGAAAGAUAUUAUCAUACCUGGAAACAUUGAUGAUGGGAUGACUACUCAUGGCUCUAGGAUAGUUGAGCCUUUGCCUUUGUCAAAGAGGAAACAUUUAGCGAACUAUUUAGGUCGAGCACAAGGAAAGGUGGGUCGCCUUCGGUUGAUAGAACUCUCGAAGCAGUACCCAGACAAGUUGGAAUGUCCAGAAUUGAAAUUCAGUGGUCCUGACAAGCUAGGAAGGAAGGAAUAUUUUGAACAUCUCCGCAAUGCCAAGUUCUGCCUGGCUCCACGUGGUGAAUCAUCAUGGACACUUCGCUUUUACGAGUCCUUUUUUGUGGAAUGUGUUCCAGUAAUCCUAUCGGACCAAGCAGAAUUACCAUUUCAGAAUGUGAUCGACUACUCCCAGAUAUCAAUCAAAUGGCCAUCCACUCAUAUAGGAACUGAACUAUUGGACUACCUAGAAUCAAUACCAGAUAAAGUCAUUGAAGAAAUAAUAGCUAGGGGUCAAAAGAUCAGGUGCUUGUUCGCUUAUACACCCGAGUCUGACUCCUGCUCUGCAUUUAAUGCAAUUAUGUGGGAAAUGCAGAGAAAAGUAAGGCAAUUCCACCAGUCAUCAGAAACUUUCUGGCUCCAUAAUAGAACUAUAGUAAACAGAAAUUUGGUGGAAUUCAGCAAAUGGAAACCGCCCAUGCCUCUGCCUUGAGAAUAUGUUUUACACGACUUGUAGAUCAGUUGUGCUUUUGUUAUAGUCGCAUUUGUAAUUGUUCCAGAGCUAUAAAGAAAAUCUCACUUACUAUUCUUAUUAUUUUUUCACACAUAUAAAAGAAAUUUGCACUCU